AUGGCUUAUCCUGCUGUGAUUUCUCUCAAGCAAACACUGCACCGCCUUCUCCACUCUUCUCAUCACACAUUCCUCAACACUCGAAAACUCUUGAAAUAUGCAUACAACCAAACUAUAUCCCUACAACAACUUCUCAAAAGAUUGGACGACUGCCGCACCCAAAAUCUGGAUGCUGUGGACGAACAAAUUAGAGAGGAAACGCACAAACUAGAAGAUCUGCUCGAAUUCCACGACUCCAAUCACUUCCUCCGCCGAGAAACGAACAAGAGAAAAGAAAUAUCUGCAAGCUGCCAAAACUCUGAAGAAAUAAGUCAAGGAAUCCAAUCCUUCUGCAAAACGGUGGAUAAGAUCACCAAGGAUUCCGUCGCAGAAAUCGGCCAUUUUUCGCCUGAGCAAGAACACGACGCUGAUCUAUCUGAUGCGCAAAAGGGUACAAUUUCAGUCGAUUACGACGGGGUAAUGCAUCAUCUUACUCAGAGAAUGAGGCCUAACGACUUCGGAAUUUUCCAGAUCAACGGCCUGCCCGGCUCCGGCGCAACCGUCGCCGCCGCCGCCGUUUUCGAAGAUCUGAAGCACUGCUUCGACUGCCGCGCGAGGGUCCGCGUGGGCCCCAGAUACGAGUGCAAGGAAAUCCUUCUUGGCAUUCUUGCUCAAAUAAAUGAACCCAAUGAGUUGCUUAUCGGGAAAGGAGAAGCUGAAAUCGGCGAGUUUUUGUACGCGAGUUUGAAAGGCCGGAAAUAUUUGAUCUUGAUGGAUGACGUACGCGACGUAGAGGUUUGGAAGCUUCUGGAGAGUUCAUUUCCAGUGGAAGAAAAUGGAAGCGCAGUGGUGUUGACUACGACGAGGCAGCAAAGCCAGCUGCUUGAAAUUCGAAACAGGUUUAUGAUUUACAACAUGGCCUGUCGCGAUGAAGAGUCGUGGUGGUUUCUGUUUCGUAGUAAUUUGUUUGGUCAGGAGCCGUGCCCUACCCAACUGGAGGAAGCCGGGAAGAAGAUUGUGGACAACUGUAGGAGCCUUGGUGUUGUAGUGUUCACGAAAUGA